AUGGAGUCUGCUCACGAUCCACUCAACGACGGUUCUCCCGAGGCGGAGCUUGUAGCCAUCCCCAAUGGCCUACUUCGAAGACAAUCCAAUACUGUAUAUCUGGACGGAAGGAAAGCAGAGGCAGUCGAGGCUGAGCCUGCAAAAUUCGAUAUACGUGAGGCUAUCAAAGAACCUACACGGAUAGCGAGAGCGGCCAGCAUCAACAUCGCAGGACUGCAGCGGGCUCGGGAGACCGGCAUACGGUACCCUGCCAAUGUUCUUUCCGCCAUCGACGAGCGAGCAGAACAAGCAGGAUCCCUCUAUCGUUUCGCAGGAGGUCCGCCCGUCCUCCUUGAGAACGUUUUCCCGCAGCCACCCGAACGGGUGCUGACCAAUUCAUCUCGUGGGCGUCGUCGACCUCGACCGACGUCUGCCUUCGUCUCACCGUCAGUAUGGCCAUCAGGAGCCAACACAAACCCAUCCAAACAGGACCGAGCAGCUCCAGAGGGUCCGAUCAACCAAUCUCAUACAUUCCGUGAUCUAUCCUCCUUCACCUUCGGCCAACGGCAAAAAAUCUCAAACCGUGCGUCGCUACUCUACUCGAGUGGAGACACCAGGACCAGCAAUGACCGGGAAAGAUUUGGUAGUGACGGCCCUAGAACACCAAGAAGAACCACCCAUGAGUCGCUGAGCCUCAGUCCAAGGGUGUCAAGAGUGAUGACCACCGAGUCGCUGCAGCUGGCUCCGUGGCAGGAUGCACCACCACCACAAGAUGCACCCGCUCGACGACCGACAGUCUCAUCGCUGCGCGUCAAUGCCAUACGCAGAGCGAGUGUUGUUGUGGCAGACACUUUCGAGAGGGUUAUCACAAGAGUACGGAAAGGGAGUAUGGCGGAUCUUUAUGAGAAAGCAAAGAUUCGACAGGAACAGUUGAAACGCAGCACCUGGGUUCAGUACUCGUUUGAGUACACGAUGUACCUUCUUCUGAUCGCAUCUGUGUAUCUGGUGCUGGUCGGGAUGCCUUUAUGGCGUGGUGCUGUCUGGUAUAUGUACAUUCUGAUUGCGAGAAAGUUCGUCAUUGUCGGUGGCUCGGCGAUAUUCCUGGGUCUUGCCGCUCUUUAUGCAUUCGGCCCGCUGGUGUGCUUCUUCGAACCCAAAGCGCCCAUCCAGUUUCGGCCUCAUCCCAGUGUCCUGCGAAGCUGGGGAGCAGACGCGACAGCUCUGGUCAUUCCUUGUUACAAAUCAGAAAAAAUCAUCGGUGCGACAAUCAAGGCCGCACUGGAAAUAUUCCCCCCACAAAACAUUUUCGUCCUCGCCAACGGCAACUCUCCCACGCCUCUCGACAAUACGGAAUCCGUGUGCACCACCUACGGCGUGAACCACACCUGGUGUCCCAUCGGUGGCAAAUUGAUCGCACAAUUCGUCGGCGCCCGCGUGGCCAAACGCUUUCCCUUUAUCAUCUUCAUCGACGAUGAUUGCCUGCUUCCGCCCAAUUUCCCUGUCGUGACUGACCGGCUUAAUGCUCGCACCAAAUGCAUAGGAUACACCAUUAAGUCAACCGGCCCCAACAGCUCGCGCGGCACCCUCUGCCAUCAGGCGCAGGAUCUUGAAUACAAACUCUCAGGCGUUCAGCGCCUUUUCGCGGGCAAGAUCGGAAGUGCUACUUUUGCGCAUGGAGCGAUCGGUCUCUGGGACCGCGAAUUCGUGGUUGAAACCUUCAAGCAACAUCCUGGGUUCAGUGUGUCGGAGGACUGGUUCUUCGGCCACGUGGCUCGCGAGCUCGGCUCCCGCAUCGAAAUGUGUAGUUCCAUCUUUGUGGAGACCGAGACCCCGCCGGUGCUCUUUUUCGCCAGCAGGGGAGCCGCGCGUGGUGGCUUCGGCGAGAUGACGGUGUUCAAGCAGCGUUUCAAGCGGUGGAACUUCUUCUUCGUCAACGGCAUGUACUACAACAUGAAAUAUAUCCUGUUCAGCUGGAAGCUGGGCUGGUGGGAAAUCGGCGCCAAGCUCUUCGUUUUCCAGGAGAUCUACGAAACGCUGCUGUACCUGAUCACGCCGUUCGUGCUGCCGAUAUCCUUCUAUGUGCAGCCGCUGUUCUCUCUGUACCUGUUCGCCGGCACGGCUGGGCUGUACUUCCUCAACGCUGUCCUCUUCAAUGAGGUGCACCUCCGCAUGCGGAACGAGCGGGUCACCACCCUGUGUUUGUUCUACUACAUGGGAUUCAAGUUCGUGCUCACCUUUGUCAACGUGGCGAGUUGUUAUUGGAGUAUAUGGAAAUACGCCAAGUAUUUCGCCAAGCGGCAUCCCAAGAUCAUUGAGGACAGCAAUGUAGUAGAGGUGGUAUUGAAGAUUGAAGACGACGAGGAAGAAGAGCAGGAGACAUUCAGGACGUCCGGGGAUAGCGGUGAGUAUGAGAAGGGACCAAAGGGGAGGAGAAUGACGGUUACCGCUGUGGGUGUCAAAGUCAAUGGGACUGGUAAUGAUGAGGAUGUGGAGAUGAGGGAGGGGAUCAAGACGCAGGAUUUUGCGGUGACGGUCCAAGCAGACUCGAGGACGUAA